UCUGACGUGUGGCUGACAGAAUGAGUGAUAUGUAAUUCAACUGUUCCCUGUUGAGUUUUAUAUCAAGUAGGUUUUAUGGCACCUACUAGAAAAUCUGAAGGGCUGCUGGCCCGAGUUAAUUUUCCCUUAUACACUUUGCAAAUGCUAACAAGUCGUCAUGUUCUUGUUGGUGGAGGUGGAGGUUCAGCUAAAACUGGGGUUGCCAAUGGUUUUGAAAUUUUUGAGUUAUCUUAUGACGGAACCCGUUUUUCUGCUGAAGAAGUUAUUCGACAUGAAACUGGCCCUAAAGUUGUGAUGAACUCAGCUUGUUUUAGUGACAAGAAAAGUACUUUUUUAGUUGCUGGGCAAGAAAGCCACUGUCAGUUAUACAGAGUUGGUAUUAGCGUGGAGAAGGAGGUUUCCGAAGAAUCAAUGAAUGGCACAUCGGAUCCACCUAAUCUCAGACACAGAAAAACUUCUAAAAAUCACCAGAAUGGGAUCAGUGAAGUGACAAAUAAUGUUAAAAAGAAAUUAGUUUUUAAAUUCAACUCUGGGGAUAGUAUACAGUCUGAUUUUAGUGAAAAGGAACCAUGCCAAAGGGUAGUUACAAUAUCUCGUUGUGGCGGUUGGAUGGCAACUGGUGGCACUGAUGGUAUUGUAAGGAUCUGGUCAUUUCCUGGCCUUCGAAUGAUUAGAGCUCUUAAGGCCCACACGAAGGAGCUGGAUGAUUUACAUUUCAGUCCUGAUUCAAAGCAGGUAGCCAGUGUGGCAAAAGAUGGACAAGCAAUUAUUUGGGAGCUGAAGUCAGGAAAACAGAUUCAUAAACUUGAUUGGACUCAUCCUACAGGAAUCAAAUAUCUCUUCAAACGAUGUCGGUUCGGUGUGGUUGAGGGUAAAGGUUGUAGAUUGUUUACUACAGCUAACCCUGUGGCUGGUGGGAAGGAAGCCCAAGGCUGGAUCCACGCCUGGGACGAUGGUCGUAUUUCCAAGUCGACUGCUGUAUCUGAACCUACUUCAGCACUUGCUGUUAGAGACGAUGGUGUUUUCAUUGCUAUUGGCACCAUGUUCACAGGAUCUGUAUCCAUUUACAUAGCAUUCUCCCUUCAGAGAGUGCUGCAUGUUGAGGGUGCACAUUCAAUGUUCGUAACUGGGGUUGAACUGUUACCCUGUUCUUCUGCAUGGGGUGCGAUAGAAGCUGCUGCUUUAAGUAUUUCUGUCGAUAACAGAGUCUGUAUUCACAGCUUACCAUUCAGAAAAACGUUACCGCCAUGGUUAGUGAUCAUCAUUAUUUUGUUCACUCUACUGUUUACUUUUGUAUUGUGCAGCUUCAUCGGCCUUUAACUUAACUGAUUGUUCUGACACUAUACUGUGAUCAUUUUUAUUUAUUGUACUAUAUAAAUAUAAUUAUAAAAGUAUAGAAUAUUUAUUGUAAACAUAUAAUUUUUAAUUUGCAUUUCUUUAUUGUUGACUUAUUGUUAUUUCAUUCAAAUUCCAUUCUUGUUGAAACUCUUCUUAUUUUAUUUGGUUUUGACAUUCAGUUUGUUGUUAUAUUUUUUAUAUUUUAUUAUUAAUGUUGCUUCUCUUUGUGUAUCCUUUCAACUUCCUAUUUCAAUUUAGGAACAGAAAGAUAAUGAAUAUAUAAAACAGGGAAACGGUCAAUUGUUAAAAAAUAAAUAAGUAAGAAAAAAAAUUACAGUAUAGUUUAAAUUGAAAAAAUGAAAUGAAAUUACUGUAAAAACACAGUAUUAUAAAACCACACUUAUAAGUAAUGAAAUAUUUUUUUUUUUAUAAAACACCUAAGCUUACCACUCACUUGAAUAUUUCUCCUGUCCUGGUCAUUAAUUUAACACGAUAAAUUGAGAAUAUACAAUUAAUAUGUAUAGUAAAUAGAGAAAUAAUCCUGAAACGUCAAAAUAAAAUUUAAUUCUCCAAACUCUUUUGGAUUUAAAAUUUUCACUUACCAGUUUUUUAUGUUAACAGUUAACAGUAAUAUAUUUCUU